UUGGUACCUCGAGAAGUCGCCGCUUACUUGCCCUUGGUCGAUGAUGUAGCCACUGCUUUCACCAAUCAUCUUGAUAACAUCAGAGACGACCAAGGACGUGUCUCACGACUAGAUGUAGAAGUGUCGAAAUGGAACUUGGAAACGGCCGCCAUGAUAGCAUUCGAUGACCGGAAGCACUUCUUCAACACAGCCGCUCACCUCUGGCAGACGCUGGAUAGAGGCCAAUGACGUCAUCAUGCAGUUGUCAGGUAGGCUUCAGUUUGCGUUGCCAUGGCACCAACUGGGUGGCCACGCCAUUGGAAAAGGCUCAUGGAGGCGGAGGAGUUUCUGACGAGCAACUGCAGCAAGAUGGUGGACGAGGCCGUCGCCAAGCUGCCGACGGGGGACAUCAGUGACGAUCGUCAUCGCUUCCUGCGCAGCCUGUUGUCCAGCAAGCAGCUGAACCGCAAUGACGUCAGCACUCUCAUCCUCUCGCUCAUGACGGACGGGCUCAACGCGACUGCUCCAACAUUAAUGUUCGUUCUCUACUGCCUGGCCACCAACCCUCACGCGCAACAGAGGCUGCACCAGGAAGUGACGUCACUAGGGUCUCUUGAAACCCCGUUCACUGUCGACGUCCUGAGCAAAAUGACUUAUCUUAAAGCCUGCAUCAAGGAAACCCUCCGGUUGUUUCCAGUCACCACGGUCAUUUCGCGCCGCUGCCCCAAAGACAUCAUCGUAGGAGGGUAUGAGGUGCCCGAAGGGACGCGCCUGCAGCUUUGCAGCUUCGUGGCCCAUCGUGACCCGGCCUACUUUGCUGACCCUGACCUAUUUCGACCGGAACGCUGGCUCCGCGACAAAUCCGUGGAAGCAUCAGAAGAACAGGAAGACGACGACAACAAAGAAAAGGGGGAUGUUGGAGACAGAACCUCGCACCCCUACCGCUACAUCCCCUUCGGGCGCGGACCUAGAAUGUGUCCGGGUCGCCGCAUUGCUGAGCAGGACUUGCAGGUGGGCACCGCAAGACUCGUACAAAAAUUCCAUCUUGAGUGGCAAGGCGGAGCCCUGGGGCAAAGAUUCCAGACUCUGCUGCGGCCAGACGGCGAGCUUGACCUCACAUUUCACCCCCGCUAGCUGCUGGACCAAGCAGCCCGUGACCCGGCGGCGGGUCAGCUCAGAAAUGAGACGCACUGACAAUGACAAUGACAAUGACUGAUGUCGAGCGAGAUGGACAAACAAAAGUUUGGUCAUGACCUCGGCCUGGAUUCUUAUCCUGUCUUAUUAACGAUGACAAUUGUUGACCUUAUACCUUUACUGGGAUUUCUUGACAAUAUCUCUACACCUCACAUCGUUAUUUCAACAACCAGCUCCCAGUUCCCACUCUUCACAUGUAACUCGACCUUUUUUCCUGAAAGAUGACUGAGAACUCCAACCCACACACAGAUCAUUGGACUAAUGAUUGUUUUGUUUUUAUGCACACACUCACGUGCAUUGGAAAGAAGGACGAAGUACGAAGUUUGCGUGUGUGCUGCUGUAUAUCGAAUUUCUGUUGGGAGGCCGUUUUCAUAUUAGACAAACUCGCCCCUUUUCGGCAGAGCCGCACUUCACAAUAUCUUUUUAUUAAUUAUUCUUCCAUAACAUUCUCUUUUACAUAACACGGAAACAGCUGAUACCACACCACACACGAAAAGACGGCAAAGAACUGGGUGUCCAGUUGCAAAACACACCAUCGCCUGUCAUCACACCCUCACAUUACCAUCAACAUUUUCAUUGUUGACCACCACACGUUGGCGUUGUCGCUCACUCACAUUUAUUUGUUAUCAUGUUUACGACAGGUGUCGCAUGCGUCGUCAUCCUCUCCGCUCAAGUUAUAAUCCUGCAAUGUUGCUCAAGUUAUGUAGCACAGAAAGGUUGCUCGAGGGUCAAAGGUUGUACACAUACUGGUGAGGCCACUGAUGACACAAAGUCUUUCUGUACCCCACAACCCCCUCGCCUCUUGUCCGCCAGGCUUCGUGUUCAGGAUGCUUUUACCCUUUUACAUUUUUAUUUGUUCACACUUCCAUGUUUGGGGAUUUUUUAAAAAUCGUUUUGCUUGAAUUUUGUGAUGGUCAAAAAUAUUUUACGUUAACUAUUGCGACUACGUGAGAGCAGAAUAAAAUAUAUUUUAUACAGGU